GUUCUUCCCCUCUUACUCAACCUUCAGCUAAUCAGGCAACAUUGAUUUGGGGGGGCAAUGUCUGAUAAAUAAGAGCUCAGCAUGAUACCAGCAGAGAAAGUAAGAUCCUGCCAGGUGCUGAUUGCUUGCACUCCUAUGGGAUACAGUGUUACAUUUAAAGAGAUAGAGCUGAACUGUGGAUGAGCCAGACCUCACCAUUAACAUUCCCUGGCAAGAUGCUCAGGGUUUGGAGCCACAAGAGAGGCAAAUCCCUUACAGAGAAAAAGAGAGAGUUCCUUAACAGUAAAUCUGGAAAAUACGGUCCUUCUCUGCCAUUGCUGUUUGCAGUCUGCUGCUUGAGUGCUCUUCAUCUAUCCUCUGGUUUCCCUCAAUCGGCAGCACAAUAUAUGGCCGAUAUGGACAUUCCAGAAAGUGAGAGAUUAUCAUUGUGCUUUAGCCAGUGGACAGCACUAUUGGAUCAACCACAGAUAUCCAAUUUUGUCAUGGAUCUUUGUAGCUCCAUUUACAAUAGAAUGAAGAUACACGAGGGGAAUGAUCAAGAGGUAUAUAAAAGAUUUUUAUUCCAGUACUCCAGAGCACAAGACCCUGCUCUAAAAACUGGGGAAUCACAUAUUACUACAGAAGAGUAUACAAAAAAGGAUAGCUCUGGUACAGUGGGAAGGCCAUUUUUCCUUUUCAGGCCUAGAAAUGGAAGAAAGGUUUCCAUAGAUGAACACUAGCAUAUUUAUAAAGAACUCACUGAAGAUAUUGUCUAAGGGGAACAAGGCCUUAUCAAGGAUCCUUUUGUAUAAUAUUAAUAAUAAUAAUAAAAAAUAACAAUAAUAAAAUGAAUAUUGGUAUACGUUCAGUGUCUUGCACCAAAGUUCUGUCAGAGAGACAUUAUUUUUUUAUUGUCCCCAAUAAUUUGAACUUUGUACAAUAAUCUAAAGGUUACCUGUACUUUUACUACAGUUAUCCUUUAUUGGGCCACCUCCCCAGCAUACCCCUCCACACUUUGAGCCUAGUUUUACACUAAUCCAGGUUUAAAAUCAGCUGAACUUGCAUGAUUUCAAACCUGCAUGUCAGUCUGACUUCGGGAGCGAUUUCAGUGAGACAUCUAUGCAGGUCCCUGCACAGAUCUCUAUUGAAAUCGCCCCCAAAGUUGCCAAAAGUAGUACAGAAACUACUUUUGCGAAUCAGUGCAGCCCAAAUUCGGCGUUGCACUGAUUCAGACAGUGCCAUUGCUGGCAAUAGGUGGCGAUUUGACAAGUCAAAAUGGCCCGAUGUAAACGUGGGCUUAGUCUUGUGCCCUGUACACACGACCGGGUUUUCCAACGGAAGAACUGCGAGGAUAGCUUUUGGCCGGGAAUCCCAGCCAUGUGUAUGCUCCCUCGCAGUUUUCCCAAUGGGAAAACUGCCAGAAUCGUCCGGCAAAAAAAACAGAACCUGUGGGGAAAAAGACAGAUGGAGCAUACACACGGUCGGGAUUCCAGAGGAAAAGCUCUCAUCUGAGUUUUCCCGAUGGGAAAACCAAAC